UUGGGAUAACACUGAUAGGCUUGUGAAUCCUCUGUACUCAUCUCAGCUUCCUGCAGCAGGGAUAUGUAACUAUAGGAAAAAUGAGGGGGAUUUCAGUGCCUUAGUCAAGUGGAUCUCUUUCAGAUAAGCCACUGGCUGUCCAGUUCAUCGACUGGGUCCUGAGGGGAACAGCGCAAGUGAUGUUUGUAAAUAACCCAGUCAGUGGAAUCAUCAUCUUCAUUGGACUCCUCAUCCAGAAUCCCUGGUGGACAAUCACUGGAGGCCUGGGUGCAGUGGUUUCUACCUUGACUGCCCUUGCCUUGAGUCAAGACAGGUCUGCCAUUGCCUCAGGGCUACAUGGGUACAACGGUAUCCUGGUGGGACUACUGAUGGCUGUCUUCUCAGAGAAACUAGACUACUACUGGUGGCCUCUUCCAGUUACCUUUACCGCCAUGACAUGCCCGGUUCUUUCCAGUGCCUUAAGUUCCAUCUUCAGUAAAUGGGACCUCCCAGUCUUCACACUCCCAUUCAAUAUUGCUGUGUCGCUGUACAUGGCAGCCACGGGUCAUUACAACCUCUUCUUCCCUACAACUUUGGUGCAGCCCAUCACCUCAGUGCCCAACAUCACAUGGGAUGAGAUUGAAGUGCCUCUGCUCUUACAAGCCAUUCCCGUGGGGGUCGGUCAGGUAUACGGCUGCAGCAAUCCCUGGACAGGCGGUGUGUUCCUAGUGGCUCUGUUCAUUUCCUCGCCACUCAUUUGUCUCCAUGCAGCUAUUGGCUCAGCUGUGGGCAUGCUGGCAGCCCUGACAGUGGCCACACCCUUUGCAACCAUCUACAUGGGCCUGUGGAGCUACAAUUGUGUCCUCUCUUGUGUUGCCAUUGGCGGGAUGUUCUAUGCCCUCACCUGGCAGACACACCUCCUGGCACUCAUUUGCGCAUUAUUCUGUGCCUACAUGGGAGCAGCUCUUGCCAACAUGAUGUCAGUGAUUGGCUUGCCACCUGGUACCUGGCCCUUCUGCCUCUCCACCCUCAUUUUCCUGCUUCUGACAACCAACAAUCCUGCCAUCUACAAGCUGCCACUCAGCAAAGUCACGUACCCAGAAGCCAACCGGAUCUAUUACCUGACAGUGAGAAACACAGAAGAAGAGAAACGCCCCACUGGUGAUUAGUCUGGGCCCCAUUUAAAAAAAAAAAAGUUCUUUUUUCUGUGUUCUCCCAUGUCAUCUCCUUCAAAUGUUAAACACAUGCAAAUCAUCUAUUACAUCCCAUGAUGCUAACCUCUCUUUACCAUCUCAUAUUCGUGUAACAACCCUUAUCCCCACCACCAAAAAAAAAAAUCUGUAACUCGCUUUUCAUUGAAGAUGAUUUUUUCCUCCCUCUUUCCCCUUAAUUCCCAUAGCCAUUCAUCAUCCUAUAUUAGUGAGAGCUAGUAAUGAGCUUGCUGUAGUUAAAAUUAAGGAGGGCAUUUAAAAGUUCAUUGACUUAAAACAGACAUUAUUUUGUCUCUAGAAAGGUGAUUAAGACAUAAUCCUAUUGGAGUAUUUAACUGGAUAAUAAAUGUUAUAAAAUCAAGCUUGAUUCUCUAUCUAUAUGGAAUCACUAGGGAGACAGUGGUGCACAUGUAUAAAUCAAGAUAAAAAGCAUAUAUAUGAAUUUCAAGAAAAGGUUUGCCCCUUAAAGGGAAAAAUUCCAUCCUGGUCCACAUGUUUUAAGCCAGAACUGGGUGACUUUGCACAACAGAUCUGAGCCAGGAAGAGAGAAUCUAAAAAUUCAAGUGAUUUUACAUAUAUUCAUAUAUAUAUAUUGAUUUUUUAAAAGAGAUGAGCAUUAAAGAUCAGCCAAUUCUCAGUAGCAGUAAGGAAAGCAGCAAAUCCAUUAAUCAGAAUGUUAUUUAUAUAUCUAUUCGGGAUGUUAAUCAUUUGUUAGCUUAAGUCAAAUGUUUGGGUGCAGUUGUCAGUCUGAGAAGUCGUUGACCUAGUCUAAUAGGAGAAAAUUCAAACUGACUUAAAGAAACUCACAUUUUAAUCAAAGGUCAUUAGUGAUUGAACAAAGAGGCAGCAUCCCAUUUAUAACCAAAGAGCAGCCCAGGGAAGUGUGCUGGAUAUGAUCGGAUAGCUUAAACUAAAAAUUUAGCUUACUUUCCUAUGUGACCUGAGGCAAAAUGCUACCUCUAUAAGCUUCAGUUUCCUCAGCUGAAACACAAAAAAAAAAUUGGAGUAAAUAAUCUCUAAAGUGCCUACUAACUCAAAAUCUGUAAUCUUAGCCUUAACAGUAAACAUUCAUUUAUUAAUUUUAUAAUUGUUUUUCCUUGCCAUUAUCCUGAAUUUAAUCUUUACUUACAACAAAUAUGCAAAAUUCAAUGGAAGUGGAGGGAGGGGGGAAUCAGACAGCAUUCAUUCUGUGGAUCCAGCAACAUCUGAAAGUCUGGUAUCCAUAACAAGAAGUCCCAUUUUUAAAUAUGAGGGCAAGGAAUGAAUCAAAACUAAGGCAGUCUCAUAUCAUGGGUAAUUGAAUAGGCAUUCUUAAGAAAUAAGACAAAGAAAUAAAAAUAAAUAAAUAAAAUGUGCCUGUAACAAAGAAGGAAGGAAGGAAGGAAGACAGAAAAGAAAGACAGAAAGACAAGAAAGAUAGAAAGAAAGUGAGCUCCCCAUCAAUGAAAGUGUUUCAGAAGAAACUAAAUGACCCAUCACCAGAGAUUCUAUAAGACAGAAAGAAAGACAGACAGAAAGACAAAGAAAGAGAAAGACAGAAAGAAAGAAAAAAAGAGGGACAGAAUAUUAAGAUUAGAGAUUUAGACAACAGGAGUUCCAUCCUUGGACAUUUACAAUUGCCUUAUCUUUUGUGGACUUCAGUUGAAUGAUAAUUAUGCUGCACUGAGCAUGCAAUAAAAGGAAAUAUUGUAAUAUAGAGUACAGUACCCUGGUCAGCACUCCAAAGUUCUUCUCUACAAAUUUGCUGCAAAACCUUAGACAAACUAGUUUGUGGUUCAAUUUCCUCAUUUGCCAAAUGAAUAUACUAAUGUGUGUCUGACCUGCUGCUCUGUCAAGUAUUUUCUUGAGGAAUGAAUGAAAUAUUAAAUGUAUAAGCAUUUUAAAAGUAUAAAAUACUACUAUAUUUUCCCCUCUGAUAUGAAUGAGAAAGUCUGUACCUGGACUUGAGAAUAGUUUAUUUUAGUGCCAGCCUACUCCCAAGUCUAGCCAUGAAGAAAGAAAAAGUUAGAAUUGGGAACCUAAUAUUUUCCUUAAUCCCUCACUCAUCUGUAUUCAAAAAUUGGGAGGAAAGGAAAGAAGAGAGCAGGUUGUGUUUUUUUUUAAUAUCAACGCCUAAAAUGACAGAACUCCACAGAAGGAUACCAGGGUUCCCAGCACCAGAGAUAGCCCUCAGGUGAAUUAUGAGUAAGUGGUUUUUGUCUUUGGUGCCUUCCAAGCUCUCUUGCCAACAUCUCUCCUUCAGGACAGUCUUAUCUUUUCUUAUGCAUCCAUUGCAUCCCCAGUAUUGCUGUUGGAGAUCUACCAACCACUCUUUGAUAAGCUAUUGCUAGAUUUAAGAUGUCAGUCAGGUAAAAACAGCAUAAGGUAUGGUCUUCCCAGGUAUAUCUGAAUCUGAACUAGGGAUUCUGGAAGACCAAAAAUCCUUGAAGAAGCAAAGGAAUGGAGAUAUUAACAAGAUAGAUAACAAGGGAAAGAAACGUUUUUAUGCAAGAAAUUUCAAAGUCCAAUCCCAAAGUCAAAGUCCUUUAUCCACCUAUUUAUGAAGCUAGAUCACUGACAAGGCCUGAUAGCCUUUUUGUAGUUAUGAUUUCUCACAAAGUAAGAAAUGGCACUACCCCUUUCAGAGCAGACUCAAAACAUUUGGUCUGAACUGAAAGUUUUCUAUUAGUCAUACUUUUUAAUAGGUUUCUAGAAUAUUUUGAUGGGAAACACUAUAUAAACUCCUUUGGAAAAAGUUAUGAUCUGUCCUUUCAUCCUUUAUUUCAAUCCUAGAUCCUUUCCAUUCUCCCUCAAUAGUUUUUCUUUUUUAAGGCACCAUAUCAGAUGCCUGUUUGUUAUUUUAAGCUCUCUCUACAAUCUCAAACAAAAGCAAUUCAAUUCUUCAGGAAAAAAGGUGAAAAAAGGCAUUUAGAAGUUAUCCUCCCUCACUCAGAAAACAGCCUUUAAAAGAGAUCCCUUUCAGGAGAUGUCUUCCCCAGAUAGACAUGAGAUAUAUGGUCAAAGACUUAUUGUAGAUUUUUCUGAAAUAGAAGAAUACCCAUAAAUUUAGCCUUCUAAAGUCUACUUUGUGUUUUGAUUCAUUGAAAACCAUACCUUAGGGAAAAGGACUAAGUUACCAGAAGUCUAUCUUGACUACUUUUUUAUUAAUGCCCUCUAAUCCCUGCAAAAUCAAUGAAACCCAUUCAAUAAUUUUGACUGGACUAACCCAUAGAAACGGUUGCUUGUGUAGAUAGAGUAGGCAUUUACUUGCUUAUUGUAAAUUCACAGGAGUGCCUUCUGUUCUCCUAAAAUUAUCCCAUUUUCUCAUGAAUUCUUCAUGAUUAGUUUUAUUUCUUGGCUUUAAGCUUUGUUUCUGUCAAUAUACAAAUAUUCGUGGGAAGGGUAAUAAAUUAGGCAUUAUGAAUCCUUUAUACGUUAUGAUGAAAGAAUUUAUUAGGCCUUUUCUCAAGAGCCAGCUUUGAUAAGGGAGGGAUAGAAGGAAAAUGAGGAUAUUAAAGUAUUUAGUUCUGGGUACCAAAUUUCAACUGGAGCUUAGCCAGAGUAGGAUGAUGAACAUACAGUUCUAGGAGAAAUCAUUCACAGAAUUGAAGAUGGUUAACUUGGAAAAAGGAAAACUAAUGAGGAAUACAGGUAUAUUUAAAUGGCUAGUUUCCAGAAAAGGAAUUAGCCUCAUUUUAUGUAGCUCUAAAGGGUAGAACUUAAGAUCAAUGUGUGGAAAAGACAGUGGCAGGUUUCAGCUCAAAAUGAGGAAGAAAGAACAUCUUUAUAAUUGAAGCUAUCCAACUGGAGAAUAAGCUGCCUCACAAUGCUAGUGAGCUCCCCAUCAAUGAAAGUGUUUCAGAAGAAGCUAAAUGAUCCAUCACCAGGAAUUCUAUAAGAGGGAUUUCUAUUAUAGAGUCCUUUUGGGGGGAUAAACUUGAGAUUAAAGCAUCUCUAGGGUACCUUUCACUCUGUGAGUCCAUGAUUUUUUGACACAAGACACUAAAAGAAAAGGGACAGGUAGAAGCCAACACUUAAAUUAUAAGAAAAGGCACAGAAAAGAUUGAGAAAGACAAAGACAAAAUUUUAUUUCACAGUUUUUCUCAGGGACUCCACAUGUGGUUAAGCAGAAGGACUUUUUAAAUCAAAACAAUUAAAACUAUUAUGUGUAUGCAAAUGGGGUCUUGCCAAUAAAAUUCCUCUUUUCCCUUCUCCCAUCCUGUCCCCUCCUAACAAUAGGAUUUGUCAUUUCUCUAACAUGACCACUCUGGAGAAAUAUCAGAAAAAAAAUUAAAAUCUCAUCCCCUUUAAAUAUUAAAGUCCUUUUAAGAACUGUCUUCCUAGCAUGUAUUGUUAUGAAUGCUAUAAAUGGCUUAUGAUUUAUUGGCUUGUUUAUUUAUCUAUUUGAAUCUGCCAUUUACCUUGGUGGGUGGGAAGACUAUGAGGAGAAUCGGUAUCCCAAAACUUUGGUGGGGCUGGCCACUUCAUUGUGAACAUGAUUUCCACCCAAUAAACUAUAGUCUCAUUUAGCAACUUCAAAA